AUGGUCAAGCUUACUGAGGUCGAGGAUGAGCACUUCACCGACAAGCCCAUCCCCAGCAAGAACGAUGCCCUGCUGGUUUCCGAUGACGAGGAGGAUUACACCGACACCGACUCCGAGAUCUCCAACGAUGAGGAGGAGGACUUCGAGCUCGAGGAGGAGUCCCUCUACGAGCGUAUCUCUGCCUUGAAAGACAUCAUCCCCCCGGCGCGCGCCGCACCCCUGUCCUUCAGCGGCAAGGCCCUUUGGAUCAUCAGCACCAGUGCUUUCCUGAUCGGUGUCCCAUGGGCGUUGGCCUACGCCGAGGAGGAGCAGUACAUCCAGAUGGAGCGGGAGCAGGGCAUGAUUAAGGGUGCCAACGAGAUGCUCACGCCCGGCGCCGAGCCCGAGAAGCAGGGUGUUCAGGCCACUCUGUAA